AUGCCGGCUGCCGCCAACCCCGAAACUGGUGACGAGAAUGUCGGUAAGUCUUACUGUAACCUCAGCUUACUGUAUUUCAAUUUUACUUCUAGAGUAGAUGUUUACAAAGCUAUACUAAUAUUUUGUCUUGGCUAGUGCAACAGUUUGUCUAUUUUUGUUUGUUGGCGUAGGUGGCAGAUUAGGGGCAGCCGUCUUGCUUUCUUUCCUUUUCUUUUUGUUCCCCAAAAGAUGUUGACUGGGGGCAAUGUGGCCACUGAUAAACAGGAAUAUACAGAAAAAAGAAAUCAUAUCAAUAUCAGAUUACUAGAUCAUAAAAUUAAUAAAUAAUAUUUUGUUUUGAUCCUUGAUGCCUACUAUAAUAUAUAAAAGAUAUUUGACCAGAAAGCAUAUGUAAAAAUAAGAAAGAGAUAAAAGAUGUUUUAAAAUGCUUAUUCAAAAUCAGUUUUAUGCUUUUGAUUUGACAAAAUGGCAAAAAAUUUAAUUUUUUGGACGCGACUCGCGAACGCCGAGCUGCAGCCUGCGCAAGCAUAUUUUCAUUUUUUUUGUCGCAAGUCAUAAUUUUGACAUCUUGACAGUACUAUAACUAUAGCGAGUACAAAAAUGAUAUCUGAUAACAUUUCCUGUUGCUUUUUAUUUUCCUCGGAUUCUACUAUAAUAUUGUUUCAACCUACUAUAAUAUACCAUUUUUUAAUCGUAACUUUGACCCAAGCCUUUAGAUUCUCCAAAAACUCAUUAAUAUCUUUCCUAAAUAUCCUUUAAUACCUAUCUACCAACAAUAUACCUAAUUGCGAGCCGCAACGCCUUCAAAACCAAUAAAAGAUUAAAUUGCGGUGUUCGGGAGUGAAAGCCGCGCGAGAUCUUGAUAUCGAAAUUCGAGAAAAAAGCUGUUUUUUAUCGGAUCAGAGAUGGCGGGGGAAUCAAGCUCGACCUCCUGUUUGUCUUCCCACCCGACUCGAGCGGCUUUCACGUUUCGUUCAGCGAGAUGGUGGCCUGGACUGGGCCCAUAUUAGGCGAGCACAGACUGAGCACGGUCAGUCCGCCGAACGGGCGGGGUAAGCGGUUCGGGGACUUUCCCGAAUUCACCCAGUCCGGCUGGAACAAGAAUACCGUUUAUCCGUAUCGCCACAAGCUUCAUAUCUUUAUUAUCAAUGGUAAUUUUGAUUUUUUUUGGCUUUUUGGGUUUUUCUUUGGCUUCUUAUCUUGAUUUUUUGGUUCUUUUUUUUCUUUUUUUGAUUUGUUGUUGCUUAUCUUUGCUUUAUAUUUUUGAUUUAUAGUUAUAUUAGGGUAGAUUAAGCUCUCGGACAUACUUUUCAUUGAUUUUUUAUUUUUUUUAGCUUUGAGGAUAGACUAUAAUAUAAACUAAGAUUAGAUUUACAUCCAUAAUUGUACUAGUACCUAUCAUACAAUCUAUAAUACCUUUCAGCUUCAUGAAUUUACUAUCAUAACCGCUUACAUUAACAUUUUCCAAUUCAAUUUUAGAAAUUGAGGACCAGCCCGAGGCCGAACCCGAGCCCGCGCCUGGUAUGCCAAGAGUGCGUAGCCCUAAUCUUUCUUUGCCUAACAUUGCUUUUCCGUUUCUGUAACCCCAACACCACCUCCCCCCACCUUAUAUUGACAUACUUUACUUGUAGAACCCCAAGUAGAUGAGACCCCCAACGCCACCAUGGAGACCAAGGUUACCGGCCAAACCGGUGCACCAAAGCGCGUUGGUCGCUGGUCGUUGGCGCAGUUGCGUCAAACCGAUGGUAUCAUCCCAUCGCAAGCCGGUUGGAACAAGGGUGACUCCCAAAAGUUGAUGACCAACUUCGGUACCCCACGUAACACCUCCACCCGCGUCAAGGCCGAGAACUUGGCCGAAGUGCCAGAAGAGGUGCUUAUGAAGUCGCACGGUGAAGUCCGUCUCCAAUCCGGUACCAACAGAUACGCCUCUCAGCGCGGUAUGACCGGCUUCGGUACUGGUCGUGAUGUGUGCCGUGAGGGAGUUCACGUCAACCAGCUCCCAGCUGAUUUGGAGGUGAGGCUACUAUAAGAUUUUUUAUUUUUUAAAUUUUUUUAAAAAUUUUUUAAAUUAUUUGAAUUUUUGGCACUUUUAAGCUUAAAAUUCUUUAAAAAGCCCAUAAUUAAAAAAAUUACAAUUUCAAAUUUUUAAAAAUUUCAAAACCAUCCCUAAACCUCCACUUUCAGCCCCUGCCAGAAGAGAAGAUCCGUGCCUCCGAUGGUAUCGUCCGUCUCCAAGCCGGUACCAACAAAUACGACUCCCAGAAGGGUAUGACCGGUUUCGGUACCGCUCGUCGUGAGACCACCAAGAUGGUGGACACCAAGCACCCCGAGUACGACCACGAACGCCCCGACCAGUCCGAGAUCCCACUCCAGUCCGGUACCAACAAAUUCGCCUCCCAAAAGGGUAUGACCGGCUUCGGUACCAACAGACGUGAGACCUGCCGCAUCGUCGACACCGCCCACCCCGACUACAACCCCGAAUCCUCCAUCGACUCCACCCAGAUCCCCUACCAGAUGGGUUCGAACAAGUACGCCUCGCAGAAGGGCAUGACCGGCUUCGGUCAGCCACGUUGGGAGGUGUUGGACCCUUCAAUCUCUUGGCAGAACCGCAAAUCCCAGGGCAUGGUCCGUCUUCAAUCUGGUACCAACAGGUAAGGAUUGGUCUAUAAAGAGGUUGAAAAUGCAAAUUUUUGAAAUUUCAAAAUUUUAAAAUUUUUUUAAAAUUUAAAGAAUCUCGUCAUUAAAUGCCAUUUUCAAUCGUAUAAUAAGCCCAAACUCUUCAGAUUCGCUUCUCAAGCUGGUAUGAUUGGUUUCGGUACCAUCCGUAACACCACAUACGAGGCCGAGGCCGGUGAGCUGCCAUACGAAGACAUGAAGAAGUCGGAAGCCAUCAUCCCAUCGCAAGCCGGUUGGAACAAGGGUGACUCCCAGAAGGGCAUGACCAACUUCGGUACCCCACGUGACGUCCGCGGCAAACACUUGAAGCGUAUCUGGGAGUUGGAGUACCCAGAAGAGGCCGAAAUUUCGUUGGACCGUCUCUAA